CAACGUGUGCAGCCAGCUCCUCAGUUAGAAGAAACAAUGCGUUCCAUCAUAGUUUUAAUCGUUACUGUGGCGUCUUCAAUGCCUCCAGUAUGCUUCGGGGAAGACGAAAGCAACAGCGAACCUGCGGACGCAUUGCGCGCCAUUGCGUCAGUACAGAACGUGGUGCUGGCUGUGUCAAGCGUAGACAUACCGGUUUUAAGGUGUCUAACUGCUGACAUUACAUUCCUUGACAUGGAUUCUGGAAAAGCAACGUACACCUGGCAUGUUAAAACCCCGGACAGUUCAGAAAGGAAAGACGUUCGAAUCAACUACGCUGUUGGUGGAGGUGCGCCCGACAUGGCUGUUGCGCAAAUAAAUGACGACACCUCUCAGUCUUUUGUUGCCCAAGUUGUGUACAGCAAUUACAAAAGCUGUAUUGUUACCAAAUUUUUCAUGGGACAAAAAGAAGUUUGUUUUCUCUGGGAAGCAAGAGGAACUGAGGAUGCUGUCCCCAAGAACUGUCUGGACGCAUUCAAGCAGAGCUGCGGCACUGGCGUAACUCGGUACACCAGCGACACAUGCAAUACAAACUAGAGCGAAAAUUGAAGCGUAAGACCAAUAUAGAAUGGAAAUAAAG